CUUCCGGUCUAGUUUCACCAUGUGUAGGCAAUGUUGAUAUCAGCAAGUGGGUGAGAAAUUUGCCGGUUUCCAUUUUGGAUCUACGUGAAACGAUGCCUCUUCCACGGUUGACGGGCGCACUGAGAGCGUUCUCUUCUGUGUCUGCCCAAGAUUCAGACACGGGACAGAAUGCCGACUUGUGCUCAGAUCUGGCAAGAAGAAGACAGCUGGCAAGAGAGGAGCAAGCUAAAGAGGGGUUGUCCUGGAAAAAACUGAAUCAGCUCAUAUCCAAGCAUGCUAAAGCUGAUGAAAAAGAUGUUAAUGCUCAUUUAAGGCAACUUCUGCAAGCAGCAAAAACCCUCGUUGGCAGUGACUCUGAUACAGGCACCGUAGAGGGUGCAGCUGCAUUUCUUGUGGACACCUUCAAGACCACAAAAACAGUUGGACAAAGGGAAAGCUCAAAAUUACGCAGUUUAUUCGGUCACUUUCCUGCAAGUGCAGCGACAAGUGCUUGUGAUGCAGUGAGGAAAGUGGUAGACCUUCUCCCAGACUAUGUUCUGGAGGAAUUAGCAACACCCAGCGUCAGUGACAAGAAAGCAACUGUUACAGGGAUAGAGGAGUUUGGGAAAAACAUUCAUUUUAAUGCUGACGCACAGCUGGAAACAAGCUUUUCAGAUUCAGAAACAGAUGAUGAAUAUGAAGAAGAAGCUAACCAUGAGUUCGAUCUCAGGUACGGCAUGGGAGAGGAUGAGUCUCAAGCAGCAGGGUUAAGUUAUGAUGGCAACUGGCUGCAGAUGGAGGUAGCCAAAAGCUUUUCUGAGGACAGUGGGGUGUCAGUCCUUGAUAUCUGUGCUUCUGUAUUUGAUAUACUUAGCUCUGCAAGAUCUGAUGAAGAGAUUCAGAAUGAGCUGUUUGAGCUUUUAGGUUUUGACAGAUUUGAAUUGAUUCUGAAGCUAUUAGAGCAUAGAAAAGAUGUUAUUGCAGCAACUUUAAGCACAGGCACAGAUUACAUGAUGGCAAAGAGCACAGGAAGAAAGACAGAUCCAUCUGCAAGGCCUAAUUAUGGUUGUCAAGUUACUAUACAGUCUGAGGGAGAGAAGCAACUUCGAAAGCAGCUGAGAAGGGAAGAAAAGAAAAUGUCGAAGUUGGACAGCAAGAAGUUGCAAGAAGAUGAACCUCUGAUGCAAGCCCUGGGGUUUGAUCCUGAAAUAUUGAGAGCACAGAGGGAGCAGGCAUUAAUUACUGCAGCAACUGCUCCUCUGUUCUCCCAGAGGUCUUCAAGAGCACCAGAGAGAAUUCAAUACCCAAAUGUUUUUGACAGUUUUGCUGAAGCACAACAAUCAUCUGCUUUUGUGGGAGGAAGCAAGAUGCUCCUACCAGAGGGCUUUGAACGAGUCAACUGUAAGAUGUAUGAAGAGGUAAACCUUCCAGCUUCUGAGAAAGCUCCAGUGAAUGUUGGGUGUCAGCGUGUGCAAAUAUCUGCUCUUGAUGAGAUUGCCAGGCUUGCUUUUCAAGGCACAGAUUCAUUGAAUCGAAUUCAGUCUGUUGUGUUUGAUACUGCAUACAAAACCAACGAGAAUCUUCUGAUCUGUGCCCCCACUGGAGCAGGGAAAACUAACAUAGCCAUGCUGACCAUUCUGCAUGAAGUGAAGCAGCAUAUUGACCAGGGGGUGAUAAAAAAGGACGAGUUUAAGGUGGUAUAUGUGGCCCCCAUGAAAGCCCUGGCAGCAGAGAUGGUGCGGAACUUUGGUAAGAGACUGCAACCACUGGGAAUAACGGUCAAAGAACUCACUGGGGACAUGCAGUUGACCAAGCAAGAGAUCAUGCAAACACAGAUGCUGGUGACAACACCAGAGAAAUGGGAUGUGGUGACAAGGAAAAGCACUGGAGAUGUGGCCCUGUCACAGCUGGUCAAGUUGCUGAUAAUUGAUGAGGUCCACUUACUUCAUGAUGACCGAGGGUCGGUCAUAGAAAGCUUGGUGGCCAGGACUCUCAGACAGGUUGAGACCACUCAGAACAUGAUCAGGAUAGUAGGUCUGUCUGCUACACUGCCCAAUUACCUGGAUGUGGCUGUGUUCCUUCACGUCAACCCCUACAUUAGCCUAUUCUUUUUUGAUGGGAGAUUUCGCCCUGUGCCACUCAGUCAAACAUUCAUAGGUAUAAAAAGCACCAACCGCAUGCAACAGCUGCAGGACAUGAACCAAGUGUGCUAUGAUAAGGCACUGGAGAUGGUCAGGAAGGGACAUCAGGUGAUGGUGUUUGUCCAUGCCAGGAAUGAGACUGUGCGCACAGCUAUGUGUCUGAGAGAGAUCUCAAAGAACAAUGGAGAAGCUGGCUUCUUUGAGCCCGAGACAGGGCCAGCCUUUGGAGAUGCCUUGAAAGCAAUAUCAAAAUCAAGAAACAAACAGUUAAAAGAACUAUUUCCUGAUGGUUUUGGCAUUCACCACGCAGGGAUGUUGCGCCAAGAUCGAAACUUGGUGGAGAAGUACUUCGCAGCAGGUCACAUGAGAGUGCUGGUGUGCACGGCAACACUGGCCUGGGGUGUCAACUUACCUGCUCAUGCUGUGGUCAUCAAGGGUACUCAAAUUUAUGAUGCCAAGAGAGGAUCAUUUGUAGACCUGGGCAUACUGGAUGUAAUGCAGAUAUUUGGGCGCGCUGGACGACCCCAGUAUGACAAGUCUGGCCAUGGCACCAUCAUUACAGCUCAUGAUAAGCUGCCUCACUAUCUAUCCCUGAUGACGAGACAAAACCCCAUAGAAAGCCAGUUCAUUGGAAGCCUGACAGAUAACCUCAAUGCCGAGAUUUCUCUUGGCACUGUCACAAAUGUGGAUGAAGCAGUGAAAUGGCUGAGCUAUACCUACCUGUAUGUUAGGAUGAGAUUCAACCCACUUGCCUAUGGCAUUACUAUCAAGGCAGCACAGGAUGACCCUGGUUUGGAGAAACAUAGAAGAGAUUUGAUAGUAAAUGCAGCCAAGCAGUUAGACAAGAACAGGAUGAUCCGGUUUGAAGAUGCUACAGGUUAUUUGUUUGCAACUGACCUUGGCCGAACUUCUAGUCACUUCUACAUCAAGUAUGACACUGUAGAGGUUAUAAAUGAGAUGUUGAAGGCCAUCAUGACAGAGGCUGAUGUCCUUACCUUGGUGUCAAAUGCACAAGAGUUUGAGCAAAUCAAGGUUCGUGAUGAAGAAUUAGACGAGUUGGAUUUUCACCACUUGGAGUCCUGCCCUCUGCCUGCAGCGGGAGGCACAGAGAAUACCUACGGCAAAGUGAACAUUCUUCUACAGACCUACAUCUCCAGAGGGAACGUGGACAGUUUCUCCCUGGUGUCAGAUAUGAGCUAUGUAGCACAGAAUGCGGCUAGGAUAAUGAGGGCUCUCUUUGAAGUGGUCCUGCGGAAAGGCUGGCCUAUUAUGGCAGGUCGUAUACUUGCUAUGAGCAAGACCAUAGACAAACGAAUGUGGGGCUGGGAGAACCCCCUACGCCAAUUUUCCAUCUUGACCCCGGAAAUUUUGCAUAAACUGGAAGCCAAGAAGAUACCCAUUGAUAAAUUAAGGGAAAUGGACUCUAAAGAGAUUGGUAUUUUAAUCCACCACCAAAGAAUGGGUCCCGUGGUGAAGAAAUGUGUCUCUCAGUUUCCCACAUUGGGAUUGGACGCCAGUAUUCAACCCAUCACCCGCACGGUUCUCCGUGUGCGUCUGACCAUCACUGCAGAGUUCUCAUGGAGUGACAAGGUCCAUGGGAAGACUGGGGAGCCAUUUUGGAUUUGGGUUGAGGAUCCAGAGACCAACCACAUUUACCAUUCUGAAUAUUUUAUGAUGCACAAGAAAAUGGUAGUGACAGAAGAGCCGCAGCAGCUAGUGUUCACCAUUCCAAUCUUUGAGCCUCUGCCCACCCAGUACUAUGUACGUGCAAUAUCGGACAGAUGGAUAGGGUCAGAGUUCACUAGUGCCAUAUCAUUCCAGCAUCUGAUUCUUCCUGAGAGACAUCCUCCACAUACAG